AUGGCCUACAGGGAUGACCGAUAUCCGCCGGUCACGCCUGGCCUGAGAAACGGUCCUUCUCACGCCGCUGGCCCAGGAUCUGGUCCACCGCCGCUGAGGUCUUCAAACGGUCCAGGCUAUGGUCCGCCUCCGACGCCAGGUCGACCGCCCUCGAGAGGUCCCUCAUCGAACGAUCCUUACAGAUCUGAAGGCCGACCUGCUCCUCCUGCUUUGCCCGGUCCUCGGGGACCCGGCAGUGGGGGCUACCCGGACUACGGAAGAGGCCCACCGAUGCCAUACGACGACAGGAUGCCCUACGAUGAUCCGAGAGGUCCCCCCACGCCUCAAUCCAUGGCUUCCCGCCCCCCGCUUGGGCUUAGCAGCAACGGCUAUCAAUCUGACUAUCGUGACCUGCCACCCCGCGGUCCACAUGGCCCUGUCAUCACCCCAUCUCGGCCUGGUGCACUUCACCUUUCCAGGGAUCCAUAUGACCAGCUCAAUCUGUGCUUUGUGGACUUGAACGGGUCUGACUUUUUCGAUGCUUUGCGUUUUGCUUCACAGACCUACCCCAACGAUCUCGGUUCAGCUCCUCUGCCGCCCUCGUAUGGCCCAGGACAGCCUUACCCUCACCCCGGACGGGGACCGCCGCCGCCGAUGAGCUCCUAUAGCAGUGCCUAUGAUGCUUACGAUGAUCGUCGUGGACCUCUCUCUGCAACACUUUCGGGCGAUCCAUACUAUAGCUCUGCUGGUCCCGGCGGUCGUUCGCCACCGCCUCGUGACUACUAUUAUCGCGACUCGCCCGGCUCGGCUUAUCGUGACGAACAGCGACCUUAUCCUCCUCGGGGACCACCUCUCGACCCUCGCGACGUUCCCCUUGAUGCACGCGGCCCGCCUUUGGAAUCGCGUGGACCGCCCUUCGACCCGCGAGGACCUCCCCUCGACACACGAGGUCAAAUGGACUCGAGAGGCCCGAGAGGCCCGCCGCUCGAUACUCGGCCACCCCUGAUGGAUGCAAGAGGACCGCCCCUCGAGUCAAGAGGACCGCCUGUUGAGUCAAGAGGAACGCCCGGCGAGUCUCGUGGUCCACCUGUUCAUUCGAGGGGGCCUUCGCUCGAGUCAAGAGGUCCGCCUGACUCACGCAACUCAGUCGACUUGCGCGGCCCUCCCUCUGAGUCGCGCGGCCCGCCUGGCGCAAUCAGAGGUGCGCCCACCGCUGCACGUGAACCGAGAGCCCCGCCACUCGAUUCCCGCGAUGCGCCUCGCCCUGCUGCCGAUCCUCGUGAUGCAAGGGGUCCGCCUGCAGAUGCACGCGACCCCCGAGGAACGGCCCUUGACACUCGUGAGGGCAGGGUUCCACCUCCGGGGGACACGAGAGACGCUAGAGGACCACCUAUGGACACGCGCGAUGCAAGAGGGCCUACACUAGAUGGACGGGAAGCGCCAAGCGACGCUCGAGACGCCAGAGCGCUCUUGCCUGGAUCACGUCCACCAAGAGGACCGCCGCUCGACGCACGUGAUCCACGAGGUCCGCCAAACGAUCUACGUGAUUCCCGAGGUCUUUCUAGUGAUCCGAGGGACCCCCGAGGCCCGCCUAGCGACUUAAGGGGGCCUUUCGGCGAUGCAAGAGGCCCACCACUCGACAUGCGCGGCCCGCCUGAUCACAGAGGUGACGACUUCCGUGGUCCGCCGGUUGAUAUGCGCGGGCCAAUCGACUCGAGAAGUCUGCCAAUGGACCCUCGCCUUCCCCUGUACGACCAGCGAGGUCCUAGCUUUGAUCCUCGUGAUCAAAGGCCUUUCGAUCCGAGAGAUUUCAGAGACUUGCCGCGCGGUGCACCGUAUGACUCAAGAGGGAUCCCCUUCGAUAGCAGAGAUCCGCGUGCCUCUCCCUUCGACCCUCGCGCCCCUUCUUUCGAUCCACGCGCACCCUACGACUCUCGAGGACCGCCCUUUGACCCGAGAGGAGUCCCUUUUGACGCGCGCGAUCCGCGCUAUUCGCCCGACUUCAGGCGCGAGGACCGUUCCAUGCCGCCGCAUCUACCGGAUUCAAGAUACGAUCCUUACUAUGAUCAGCCACUCAGCAGCGCAGGUUAUGACAGUCGUGACGGCCGUCAGCCCUACAGCGCCGGCAGCAGAGGUACGAUGCCGUCAUAUGGACCGCCAGACGUGCGCGGCCGCCGCAGCGCUUCGCCUAAGCUAGCGCCAGUUACCCGCAGUGAUCGCGGCGAGCGGUCUGAGCGCAACGAUCGCGAUCGUGAUCAACAGAAAGGUACUGCUUCUUCUUCUAGGAUACGCAGCGCUGUCUCACCCAGCGUCGCUACUCUCGCAGCUCGUCCCCCGAACUCGAAUGUAAGCGCGCGUGAUACCGCUGCCCCUUCGGAUGCUGUCCUUUCGAAUUCGACAUCGUCGCGCGCACCGCCGAGCACAGCGUCCGCAUCGGCACCUAUGGGCUCCGCGGUGGUCAAGACAGCGCAACCCGGAUCAGCCGCAGCAGCCACCUCCGCAUCGCCGCAUCCUAACAUUAGAAGCGAUACACCCGCGUCGGUCGCACCCAACGCUGGCCUCUCGGGAACAGCACAGUCCGCCAUUUUCAUGGGUCUGCCGCCUGAUUGUGACGAUGUGAUGUUGAAGCGCUUCCUCGAGCAACUCGGUGCAAGACCUGAAAGCACGUCGGUCAUCAAGGACAAAUCCACAGGAUUGAGCAAGCGUUAUGGUUUCGCGAAGUUCGUGUCCAUCGAUGACGCCCGCACUUUCGUCGAGACGCACCAUCCUUUCGUGAUGUGGCGAGAUGAGUAUGGUGUCAUAGCAUCGCCUCCCUACCAAAUCAAAGUUGACUACUCUCAAACCGAACGAACCGAACCUGGUCAGAAACGCGCACACGUUGUCGUCCGCAGCUUCAUGCAAGAUCAAGCAGCAGCGCAAGCAGCAGCCGCAAAAGGCCUGCCGAUCCGUGCCGCAAGUGAGCUGAUUGCCAGCGGACUAAAGGGAGACGAGAAAUCGCCAGUGCUUGCAGACAGUGCUCGCAAACGGUCUAGUAAUGACGGUGUGCGCGACAUCGGCACGCUGCCUUCUUCCGUGCUUCUCAUACGAAAUCUCGACACGACCGUUACCGAAACUGCGCUGACCGAGAUCCUCGACGGUAUGGGUGAUGAUGGCGAUUUCAAGGGCGACAAUGGAGUGCGCAAGAUAAUGAUGGUGCGAGAUCGUCGGACGAAACUCAGCUGGGGCUUUGCGUUUGUUGAAUAUAUCAGCGUGGCUUCUGCGUCACGGGCAAUCACGACCAUGCUCGACCCUGUACGCUACUCCGAAGGAUUCGUUAUCUCUGGCAAGCCUAUCGGUGUGACCUUUGCUCAUCAACAGUCCUUCCAUCCGACACCCAUGCGAAGCCAGUAUACAUUCCGUGGACCAAGCGGAGGAGCAUUGAAGCUGUACUGGGACGAGAAUGCCUUCUGCAGCGAUUGGGAGCCCGAAGAGGUCAAGCGCCGUCGAGCUGAAGAGCGCGCGGCUCGCGUCGCACUCAUUGCCAAUGGAUUGCCCGGCGCGCCUGGAACAGCGGCAGCAGUGACUGCCGUGCAAAGUGAUGCAAGCGCAGCAGCUCGCAACGAUUCGCCUGGACUUACUGCAAGCGAGCAAGCAAGUGCUGAUCGACCUCUCUCAGAAGAUGAAGCGGCAAGAGUCGCCGCGGCAGUCAAAGCGAGCGAGACUGCAAAGACGGCAGCUAUCGCUGCACUGCGAGGCGAGCGACCCCCUCAGAAAUUGUCCGUAGUGACUUCUGCGGCCACUAUACCACCAAGCAAGACCUCCGCACCAGCUGUCUCUGCUCCUUCUGUCGCAAAAGUAGCCGAGGUUUCUGCCCCAUUCAAUGAUGCUACGUCAGGGACUGCCAAGGUUCCUUCUUUGACACCUACUGACGCUACACGUCUGCUCGCGUCCCAAACUGCCGCAAACGUGGCGAUCAGCUCCGUCGCAGAACCCUCUCCAGCAGCUGUAGUCACUGCAAAUGGCCACGCUGGGCCGGUCGAGCCAAGCCAGCCGCAGGAACUCAAGAAGACAUCAGUACAGACGCCAGUACAAGCCAGCGCUACACCGGUUCCGACCGUCGCUGUCACGACUGCACCUUCCCCCGCUGUAGAUCUCACAGAUCCGACGAUGGCUUUCGCAGACACCGAAAAGAUGCAUUGUCUUCUUUGCCAACGUCAAUUCAAGCUUCUCGACGACCUCAAGCGUCACAAUACGCUCUCUGCUCUGCAUAAGACCAAUCUCGCCUCACCCGCCAUUGUCGCUGCAGGCGAAGCGCGCCGAGCUGCUUUCGAGAAUCGGACGAAGCCCAAGGGAGCACUCAACGAGUCGCAAGGCAAGAAGCGAUCUUUCCAGGAUGGACCCGCGGGAGAAGCCAAGACAGACGGACCUAACAAGCACACAAAGGCCUAG